UCGAUUUAUGCAAUUUGUUGGAGUGAAGUUGUAAUCUCAUCGCUCUUAUUGUGAUCGGGUGUUGGUGGCGGUUUAUUUUUAUUCCAGUAGACCGUAACAAUAAGUGGUCGACCUCUUUGCUAAGGUAUGUCUCGUAUUGGCUUGUUAAUGGUUGUAUGUGGUUAAAUUUUUCCCACCAUCCGGUCGACCACCUCCACCAUCCGGUCGACCGUACUUUUGUAAUUAUGUGAUUAGGUCGACCUUUCAGUAAAUUCAGGUCGACCGCAUGUUUGUUAUUUAGUAAUAAGGUCGACCGUACAGUUCAUUCAGGUCGACCUGACGAGAGCUAAUUGUGUAUGUUUUUGACAUUAAGUUCGUAUUCCGAUCGUUGCAGGAUGGAUAACAGAGAUGAUACAGAUGAUAGAGAUGAUGAUGAGGUUAACUUCGAUGAGGAACCUAAGGAUGCUCGAGAAGGAGCUAUGGAUAAUUCAGAUGAUAUAGAUAAUACAGAUGAUGAAGUGGUUGGGGAUGAUAAUGAAACCGAGGGUGCUGAAGAAGAAUUUAUGGAUGAUGAAGAAGCUACUGAAUAUGAACAACAAAUUCCUUCCAUGGAGUUCCAAACAUUAGAAGAUGCAGAGAAUCUCAAGGCAGGAGUUCUAUACUGUUUCAUCUCUGAAAAAGAUGGGCUUUGAGCUGCGUAAUGGUGAGUAUGUCAGAGUAAACAAUGCUCAUGGUGGUGAUGAUGAUGAUGAUGAGGAUGAUGAUGGUGAUGAAGGAGCUCGAGACGAGCCAAUGGCGGAGGCACAGAGUUCAACUCCACCGAUCACCUUACAGCGUGCGUGGGAGCGCAUGGAUGGCAUGUACGAGUACAUGGGCCAGAUGUCCACCCAGAUGACUGGCAUGCACGACUACAUGGGGCAAAUGACCGCCCAGAUGAGCACAAUGCAGGUGACCGUGAAUGAGAUGCGAGAUGAGUGACGAUCUUUCAGCGGAAGAUACAUGCAUCCCACCACAUCCGACCACCAUCAUGCUAGCACCACCAAUGAAGAAAAUGUGGAUGAGAGAGGGGGGAGAUGAGUAGGAGAGAGGAGAUUUUAUAUUGUGUGUUUUAGUGGUCAAAACGAUUGUUGAUUGUUAUUCUGUUGUUUUUUUAGUUUUAUUUUUAUGUGUGAACAAUUAUGAUUUCUGUUUUAUUUUUAGUUGUUAUGCUAUGAAUUGAUGAGUCCUUGUUAUAAUUAUUUAUGACUAAUUAUGAUGGUUUGAAACAUAAUUUAUACGAUUAAAAGAACCACACAAAUCGACAUCCAUAAGCAAAAAAGACACGGGGCAUAGGUUGACUUUCUUGUAUUCGGUCGACCUCGUACCGGAUUAGGUCGACCGCGAAACCAACACUUGAUCUUCAUUUUACGUCAAAUGAUUGGACACUUUGAUAGAACACUUAUCUUCUAUCUGGUUGACCUCUUUCCUUAUCCAGUCGACCAUUUUGUUAAUGACUGCCAUCAGGUGGUCGACCUAUAUACCUUAGGUGGUCGACCAUGUUGUUUCUGACGCCAACGAAAUGGCCGACCCAGGUUUUAUUCUGGCCGACCAAAAAUAACAACUUAAACUAAGUGCGGUCGACCAAGUGGUCGUUGAGGUCGACCGCAAUGCUUUCUCGUGCUGCCCAAAUUAGUCAAUUCGGUCGACCACCUUCAGGAAUAGAUCGACCGAAAAGUGCAUGUCACCGUGACAUGUAUGUCAUAGUAGGCAUACCCAAAUAGUUAACAUAAGUUUUGGAGUUGAUUAUGAAUUGGGAGAGUUUGAUUUCAAGAUUACUAGCAACCUUCUUUCUUCUCCCCUCCCCGUGUUGAGGCAUUCCAUCCAUUCAUUUAAGUCUAUAUUUGAAGCUUGCAGUGAUUUAGUUAUACAAAAUUUGGUGUGAGUUAAAUCAUUGUCCAUUGUUAACAUAAAAAAAACACCCACAAAUGUAUGAAUUAUACUUUGAAGAUUUCACUUAUAUGGGAACCGUAACAACCUGCUCAAUGGUGGUCACAAUACUAGUUACGUUUUUAUACAUAAUAUUAUGACAAUUCAAAUGUAAUUUUUUGCCACAUAAGCACUUGGAGAACUCACAAGUUGCCAAGGUGGACAAUUCUCUUACAAACAAAAAAAUAAUUAUUGAUAUAUUUAUGAAGUUAUAUCUCUCUUCAUUGAAUAUUUCCUUUUCUUUUAUCCAAUAAUUUUUUUUGUGCUUUUGAAUUAUACCAAUGUACAAUGUAGUAGACUAAUGUUUGAAGAGUGACAUAUAUGAUAUAUCACAUUUGUUUAAACCCAAAAAUAUAUUGUUAGAUCUUACUAAGUAAGUUUUAUACUUUUUUUUUACCUAAAAAUUAAUAAUAAGGUACAUUUUUAUGA